GAUGGUGUCAAAAAUAACUGCAGCAUUAAUAUCACCAGAAUGUAAAUAUAUUUUUAUGUACAGCGUGAUACGUUACAGUUACAGUUUUUAUUUUCUUGUGUUUUCUUUAGGUUUUGACAUGAUACGAAGGGCUGUUGGAAAGACUUUGGGAUUUGUUGGGUAUACUAUUCAAUAUGGUUGCAUCGCACACUGUGCUUUUGAAUACAUUGGGGAACCUGUAGUGUGUUCCGGACCUUUUAUGCGGCCCACAAUCACAAACUGUGAUGUCGUUUUUUCAGAAAGGUUAAGUCGUCAUUUUUAUCGAAUUGAAAAGGGAGACAUUGUAAUUGCAAAAAGUCCAAGUGAUCUGAAGAUGAAUAUCUGUAAAAGAGUAAUUGGAUUAGAAGGAGACAAAGUCUGCACAAGCAGUCCGUCUGAUAUUUUUAAGACCCACACUUACGUUCCAAAAGGACAUGUAUGGUUAGAGGGCGAUGACCUCAAGAACUCUACAGACUCAAGAAGUUAUGGUCCAGUUCCCUACGCCCUCAUAAAGGGUCGCGUUUGCUUUAAGAUACAGUAGUAAUAAACAGAUUACAUGUGAACUGUCACAUUUCUGCUCAACAUCUUGGUCAUAAAAGCUAGUUCAAUGUGUUGUGUUUUUUUUUAGACAAAAUAUGUAUAAUGUACAGAGGUCAAUGUUUAAUUAUGCAACUGACACAGCAUUGCUUUUUACCCCUCCUAGUUAUGGCCUCUGGAAAAAUGUGGUACCCUACAAGAGAGUCCAAAUGGGCGCAUUCCUCGAGGUGACUGACAGAUUUUCCAUAUGCCUAACAGUAUAGGAUGUUAUAAAUUAUGUUAACUGUGUUGCUUUCUAACAAAAAACAAUUUUUUUAUAUAUAAGUAUUUACAUACCAGUAAGUGUUACAAUUUUUUUUUUAA